AUGUACGAUUGCUUUUACUUCAAAUCUAGGCACAUGUUCUAUUACAAGGGCUGGAUUGAAGGAGCAUCCUCUCCCGCCUCCGAAUUCGAGACCAAGCCAGCCGCCACCUCCCAAACACUCUCUACCUCCGUCAACUCCUACACCCUCUCCUCCUCCGCCGUCGUCACGCCAGACGGCAGAUUUGAGAAUGCGAGAAUCGUCAAGGCCUUUAAAUCAAUACAGAGAUUCAAAAGCAAAAUAAAAUGUGAUCCGCCGCAUUACCGAUUCCUGAAUGAAUGGAGUGAGAGGGAAACUCCUGAAGAAGCACAAUCCAUUAAACUAGUUGUGUAUCUCAAGCAGCCUGACCGCGUUCUUCAGCGGAUAUCAAGAGAUGAGUUCCAAUCAGUUUUAGAGAAUCAGUGGGUCGAACCUCCGAGUGACACUCUGCCGACCACCACCAAGGAGGGCUGGAUCGGAGUUCGAGAGACAGAUUAUAAAGAUGGGAUAAAACUUGAUGAUUCGGGUGAUUAUUUCGUUGAAGAUAAAGAGAAUUUGGGGCGGCCGCAGGUUAUAGCUCUGUUUCCCGGCGGCCAAUUGAAAGAAGCUUCUGGUAGGGGCGGCAUCGAAGAAGGGGGGAUUUGUGACGAAAAUGAAGAAACUUUGGGGUCAUUCAAGAAAAUGCCGUUGUUAGAGAUUGACAUCUCGUCUUUCCGUCGGCCGGACAUGAAUUCCAACACCCUCUUCAACCCAAACCUGUUGGCCGCGUUCAAGAUCGCGGCGAAGGAGUUUAUGGACCGGAUUGAGGAAGAAAGAAGAGAGACAAUCGCUAGCUUAGAAGAGGAUCGGCUUCGAAGAAGCAGGGAAGGCAGCGGAACAGAGCAAGCAAGUAGUCUGAAACAGAGCAACAUAGCAAAGAGAAAGUGA